AUGCCUCGUGGCCGGAAGAGUAAGCGCCGAGCACGAGCAUGGGAGAAAAAGCGCCAGGCCCAAGAUGAGACCAAAGCCCUAGAGGAUGUUCAGGCUACUGCAGCAAACUCCCCCUCCCUGAAUUUAGCCACCGCAGGGACACAGGACACUCUGCUGUCUAUCCAGGGAGCCUCAGCUGCAUCUUUCACAGAUUCAGAUGCAGGUACGCAGGGACAGCUUGCUUGCUCCCCUCAGGCCAGUAGUAGCCUAAGCAAAGAUCCUUUAACAAAGAAGGCGGUCUUAUUGGUAAAGUUCCUGAUAGAGAAGUAUCAAAUGGAAGAGCCAGUCACGAAGGCAGACAUGGUGAAUUCUGUUGUCAAAGAAUACAAAAAUCACUUCACUGAGAUCCUCAAGAGAGCCUCUGAGCACCUGGAGCUGGCCUUUGAUGUUGAAUUGAAGGAAGUGGAUCCCAUCAGGCACUGCUAUGCCUUUAUCGACAAACUGGAUGUCAGCAUGAAUGAAAUGAUUCCAAAAGAAAACAGCCUGCGCCAGAGUGGCUUCCUGAUGCUGGUGCUGAGUGUGAUCUUCCUGAAGGACAGCUGUGCCUCCGAGGAGGAGGUCUGGGAAGCGCUGAAUAUGAUUGGGGUAUAUGCUGACAGGAAACACUGCAUCUAUGGAGACCCUAAGAAAGUCCUAACCCAAGAUCUUGUGCAGCUGAAGUACCUGGAGUGCCGGCAGGUGCCCAACAGUGGUGCUCCACGCUAUGAAUUCCUGUGGGGCCCCAGAGCCUACGCUGAAACCACCAGGAUGAAAGUCCUGGAAUUCUUGGGCAACGUCAGUGACACCACACCCAAUGCUUUUCCACCCUGGUGGGAAGAGGCUUUGAGCGAGGAUGAAGAGGGAAUGUAA